CUAGCCCCAACGGGAUCUAGUGAUUGAAAAUUUUCAUCAGAAAUGUUAUUUAUCAAAAUAAAAUAUCCGGACGAAAAACAUCACAAACAAACGUUGUCAAGACUAUACGGAGGAAGCGAAUGUGUUGAAUCGAUAGGACCGAAAGUAAAAUGGCGGAGGAAGAGGCGAGUGGGAAACGGGAGCAAACCAAACUUCCCCAUUUACCCGAUUAUUUAGUAAAUUUCGUGGAUUUCAAACGCGAAAUGGUAAGAUUAGACUACACAGCCGAUCAAUUACGAAGAGCCUGCCAAGAAGUAGAAGAGAGGCGAACAAAAAUGAGAGAAGGGCUGAGGCGUGAAUCUGAUGAAGUAGCUGCCCGGGCUCAUUCAUGUCAUCAACGUCAACUUCGUGAUGACCAGGAAACUCUCGAAUUACAGAAAAAAGGUAGGCUCGUAGCUGAACGUAGAAGAAUUUUGGAAGCUGAGUUACAAACAAGCCGAAUGCUCUACCAAGAAUUGAUUCGAAAACGAGCGAAGUUGAAGCAUUGGCUCGAUGGUCUAGAAGAGCAUCGAUCCUUCCUCAGUGAAAUCAUAUCUCACAAGGUUUCACCACGAACACCCAGAAGCGCUCGACAGUCCACGUCUACGUCCAGAGACGAGGAUGAUAAGAUUGUUGAAGUAAUGCAAAAUCCUUUUUUGAUUCGCUGUCGCUUGGCUCACAAGGAACGCAAUGUUAUCGCCCAAUCGCGAAUGGUUUUCCAAGCAUGCCAACUGAUGGAUUGUUGUUGCGACUCCGCCAACGAACAGAGUGAAAGCUAUGUCAGCGAAGACAAUUUGGAAAAAAUAACGCCAACAAACACGUUGAAUUGUGUCAGUGGAGGUGGAAUGCAGUCCGGUUUAAAUGACCAAAUAUUUGCCACUAUUCACCGCAUGUACAAGCAAUUCAUUUCGCCGAAAAGCAGCAGUUGUGAUGCGUUAAGCAAUUUGGCCGCUCUCGAACGCUAUGCUUACUACGUCUUGCAGAUGGUCGAUGCUUGCGAUCCUCUCAUGCUCAAGAAAAUCAUAGCAAAAGUAGUGAUUGACAAAAAGAAGACUAUGGAACUCGAGAAAAUAAAGCGAGAUACAGCCCAUCGGGAGGAGCGUGAACGUAAAGCGCAAGCUAAUGCCACAUCCGCCCCGGCCCAAUUCAAAAGAAUCACAGUCGUCAACCGCAACAGACUGCGGGGGGCCGUUCACUUUCCGAAACUCGGUAAAAAACCCAGCACUGAAUCCCAAGAGGAAGUCGACAUGGCUCCAAUCGACGAACUUCUCUAUCUUUUCCGAAUGCAGUUGUGA